GCAAUCAGUUUUCUAUUGCCGAGGGCGAGGGCACUCAUGAUGAGUCUUCCGACUCGAUGUGCAUUAUUGAUGAUGACGAUGCUGAGGAGUCGCCGGGGGCUUCCAAGGAUGUUGCUUCGGCAGCCGCUGCGCCGGCUGCUGUAGAUCCUAUGGAAAUAAUAGACAGUGACACUGAGCUAACUCCACAGGAAGACAGCCCGGCCCCUUUGAGCAAGGUCCCCUUGGUCGCUGUCGAAACACAGGAAGCAAGCUCCGACCCUCCAGUCGGUAAACAGACCUUUGCAGACUCUCAGUUGAUUCAGUUGAUGUGCAUUGAUUCGGACGAUGACGCGGCGCAGGCUGCUCCACUGCCUAAGUGCGACACGAGUGCUUCUAGCCUGCCGGUGCCAGAAGAUCGGGACAAGGUUGAUGAUGCUGCCAGCUAUGUAGGUGGCAGCACGGACAGUCUAGAGAAGUCGAUGGUGCUCGACCUGGCUCCGAAGGAUGUUCCCAGAGCGCCAGUGCCGAAGGUGAGCAAGUAUCCCGAGGUUUGCCCGCCCCAGCCGGAGUUCCUGGAAAGCAUGGACAAAUGUAUAGCAGAGGCUGAACCACCUUUGUACAACUCGACUGGCCUGGCAGGCGGUAAGAAGCGCCGUCGUCGCGGCAAGCAAGCAGAAGAACCCGCUCCCAAGAAAAGCAAGGUCGCUGAUCAUGCGGAAGAUGAUUGCGGAGAUGACGAUAAUCAUGAUGAUGACGGGGAGCCUCAUGUGUCCGAGGAUGAAGCGAUGGAGGAGUCCACCACACAUCCGGUGAAGGCUCCUACAAGGAAGCCGAAGCUUUUGGAGAAACAGGUGGCCGAGCCCAAGAAAAAUCAAAGCCUGGAGGCAAAGGUGGCUGAUCGCCAGAAAGCACCGGUGGACCCCAAGGUGACCGAUGCCGUUUGCAAGAAAGCGGCGAAGAAAGCCGAGAAGCCAGCGGCGAGGGAGCCCGCGCCAGUGGAUGCAAAGGCUCAUGCGCCCAAGAAAGCAAAGCCCGUGGAGAAGAAGGACCCCGAGGAAGCGGAGCCCGUGAAUGCAAAGAUGGCUGAUCGCAAGAAAGACGAGAGUGCAGCCGCCGAGGUUGGGAAAGUGGAUGGCGCGUCGGCAGAUGAUCUUCCGAGCCGGGAGGAGCUGGAGAAAAUGGGCGCCUUCACGCCUCCAGACCAUAUCCACGGAAACAACAUCUACAGCAACGCGUACCGCCAGAGCUUGAAGGUGGACAAUUGCAAGGAGAACGCAAAGGCUCAGGGGCGCCGAGCCUCUGCGAUGUUCAAGGCCUACGGACUUUGUUUGCCGGAGAUGGUCGGUACGUUCCGCGCUUCCAGAAGGAAACCCAACAAGCAGGGCACCAGUGAGCCCUAG